UACACGGCUGAGAUAGGCCGAGCAGAGAUAAUUGGCCCGCAGGGGGUUUAACCCUGGUUUGCGACCUGGUGUCAAUUAUCACUUUCCGGCCCGGCUCAGCCGUGUAUUAGCGUCUAUAAUAUAUAUCUUACUUUUAUACUAAACUAUAGAUGGGCACAUGUUUUGAAUCAUACUAUAAUACUAUUUUUGUUCUUCACUAAAAUUUAUGAGAAACCAGCUUUCCGUACUUAUAUUUUUAUUAAAUUGAUUACGCAAUUUAUGACGUAUCUCGUGUGACGUAAUUUAAAUGACGAAACUAGCUAGACGCUUUGGAUUUGAGGACAACAUCAAUUCGGACUUGGAGGGUUUUUAUUUAAAAAAAUAAAUAUUUUUUAAGCAUCGAACGAUUACUGUGUGUGUUUACAAUGGAUUAUUAUCAUAUUAUGAAUGUGAAUAACAGUGUUGGGAUAUAAAACUGGAAUGAAACUGGUGAAACAUGGGCGACAAGGAGUUUCAGCUCAAUCUUCAAGAGCUCGUUGAAAACUAUGUAUGGGAUUGCUUCAAGUUCGAUCUGGGCUUUUUAAAGGGACUUUUAUAUCGACGCCGCAACCACUACUUUGACAUUCAAUGGGGAUAUGUCGAUUUUCAACACGACACUACGAAGACAGACCGUCCAAUGAUCCGAUCGGUUACCAAGGACAAGACAGAACUUUAUUUUACCGAGUUCCAGAACAAGUCAAAUCGGGAUCAGAAGUACACUUUUUCCACCCAAAGAGAGACCGUAUCAACCACGAAAAUUGAACUCCAAAAAAACUACACAAUAGGCGCGCAAACUAACCUUGAGAUUGACCUUGCAGGAGUGGUUAAAAUCGGAGGCGGCGUAAAUGGAUCGGUUUCCGUGACCAACACAAAAGGCGAAGAAUUUAGCGAGACUUUGACUUGGAAUAUUAACACAGAAAUAAUGGUUCCAAAGUGGAACAAGGCACGUGCUUCGUUGUACGUUUUCGAGGAACCCUCCAUAACGGAAUUCGUGGUGACCACCACCCUCUCGCUGCCGACCAGAAGUCUUCCGGUCUCCAUACGGAGGGUCAAAGAUGACAAGAUAAUCAAAACCUACUGGAUAAUGAACCUUCAUUGUCUCUUUUCGGACAAGCAAAAGAAGGACGGUAUGGUGAAGUGCGAAACGAAGCCAGUUCCCGGAAAACCAGUAGAUGACGCAAUUGUUGUCAUCGAGACACGUGGUACGUGUAGAAAUGUUUCGUGGAAAAACCAGCACGUUGAGGUACAGUGUGAGCGAAUGGCGGACGUCGGGAACGAAUCAAUCGACUUGCAUGCCGACGAUGAAGGCGACGACGACAAGGCUAAGAACUAAACAUUUAAAAAAGGAAUGGGUUGUUACCAAAGGGGCAUUCAUUGAGACGAGAUUUGUAAACGCAAGUCGCAUUUAAAACGGAUAUAAACAUGAACAUCUCUACAUCCUAUCUUGGCCGUUUAGGCUUAAAAAUAUGUAGGGUCAAAUGUGGGUUGUUUUAAAAGAGGCACUACAACGAUAAAAAUCAUGAUAUGUUUUGCUUUAACAUGUGCAUUCAGUUGUGCUGAUUUUAAUUACGAAAAAUAACUUAUAGUAAUUAAUAUAGAUGUGCCUGGUUAUUAAAGUGCAUAUGUAUAAUAUUUUUAGUACACAUCAUUUUGUUGUGUUAUAUUAGAUAGAAGUAUUAAAUAACUCGCUAAAAUGCAUUCUUAUAAAUAUCCGGAUGAAUUUAACGUCAAAAAAUCAUAAUCCUGUGUGGACGGAGCUUAAAUGACGCACGCGGAAAUGAAAAUAAUAUAUUGGACAUGAUUAACUUAACCAAAUUAUUAUUAAAGUGGCUUUUCAUUCAAAAUAA